GGUGAGGAGCACGGAAGUGGUUUUGUCUCGGUGGCUAGCCCACUAUGUGUGUGAGAAAUGAGAGCUGCUGCACAUUUAAAAUUCAGCUAGCUCUGUUAAAAUCCGGUUUCAUUUCAUUAACAACAUUUUAUUAUUCUUUGGUAUUAUUUUAAUAUCGUCUGGACGAAAAGGGGGUGCAGCUAGCUAGCCUGUUAGCUAGCUCCAUCAACGCUAGCAGCCAUGCCGACCUACUCUGAAUUAAGGAAAACAAACCACUUCUACUACUUCAUCAAAUUCACCCUGAACAUCUACUCAAUGCUCUUCUCGCUGAUGGGUCUCUGUGUGCUGUGUGUGGGUGUGUACGCUGAAGUGGAAAGGCAGAAGAACCGAACCCUGGAGGGCCUUUUCCUGGCUCCUGCUGUGGUGCUCAUCCUGCUGGGCCUGGUGAUGUUCACCGUGUCAGUGGUUGGCAUGGUGGGAUCCCUCAGGGACAACAAGACCCUGCUGCACAUGUUCCUCUGUGUUCUCUGUGUGCUGCUGCUUCUCCAGGCGAUCGCGCUCACCACGGCUCUCAUCUUUGAGAGGAAGACGUCUGCCUUGUUUCAAAGCAGCAUACGAGAAGGAAUUAAACACUACUAUGAUGAUCUGGACUUCAAAAACAUCUUGGACUACGUGCAAGAAAAGUUUUCAUGCUGUGGAGGGGAUGAGUAUAAAGACUGGGGGGUCAACCAGUACCAUUUCUGCAAUGGUACCGGCCCACUAGCCUGUGGGGUUCCAUACACCUGUUGUGCUCGCCACAAGGUGGGAGAGGUCAUCAACACUCUGUGUGGUUACCAGACCCUGAAUAAAGAGCGUGAAGGCCUGCAUGACCGGAUCCAUGUGCGAGGCUGCAUCCACGCAGUCAACCUCUGGAUGAGUGACAACAUUGGAAUAACCACCGCACUCUGCUGUGCCAUCGGGCUGCCACAGCUGCUGGGCAUCAUCCUGAGCUGCGUCUUCUGGAACCUGCUGGUGGACAUGAGCGAGUCGGCCGACAUGGUGGACUUCAGGCUGAAGAAGAUUGGGUUGCAGUACAGCGAGCUGGACCUGGCCGGUGCCGGCUGGUGCAUGUGUCUGCCGAGGGACGGCGGCUACCUGCCCGUCCCCGUGGCUGAGCCCGACCUCGACCCCAUUGACGUUCACAUGCAGAAGCUCAAAAAGCAGGCGCCUCUCACCCACUCGCAGCUCCGGGAGAUGCAGCAGUCCCAGUCGGCCACUGGGCUGGAUGAGGUGGAUGUCGGCCGCAAGCAGAAAAGGGAACACUGAGUGCUCUUUUUACCCUUUCUUGCCUUUUGGGUUUUUGCCUUUCUUUUAUUGUUAUUGUGUUCCGUACAUUUGUUGAAGUUGUGUUGCACUACGUAAUGGUUGAACAUGUGAGCCAUUGGAUCAAGGGACAUUUGGUCAGGAUUUUGGCACUUUGUGAAUGAAUUUGUUUACUACAAAAUGUAAAAGGAAAACCCGCAACAUUGGCUUUUAAAAAAAAGAACCUUUCAUUUGUCUUGUUUGUGGAUAUGUAAAGAUUUAUGGCAUUAUAUCACAUUUUAUCUUUUGAAUUUGAGCUAUGUCUCAUGUGCUAAAGCUUACCUCAGGCGGUUUGGAAAAGAGCCCAGUAGUCCGAGGACAGUACUAUUUGGUGUGUAAAUUAAUGGUAGCUUGAAAAGAUGUUUUCAGUGUCUGAGAAAUAGGAAUAGUAUGUCUUGCGUGUAGCGUCUGUGAAGGAUGUAUAGAGUUCGUGUCUUAUUUCCUUUUAUUAUGAUUUCAAUUUGAUUUGGUGCAAUCAGUGUACAUUGUGAAACUGAAAAACAUGGGAUGCAUGUUUUGUACUGUAUAUGAUGUAAGUUUAAAAGAGAAAAACAAAACAAAACAAUGGUUUACAUGUUAGGCUGUCAUCAGGGGGACUUCAGUCAUUUUUAAACUAAACUUUUUAUUCCUUCCAUCUUUUCAAAAAACAACUACAGGCAUUAUCCAGACUUCAAGUUCAGUGAGAAGCUACUCUGAGGGUUUUUUGUAUCUGAGUUAUGCACUGUUUUGAGCUUCCCCCUAGCUCCUGCCUUGUAUCAGCACUACUGUUCUUGUCAAUAAAGCUGCAUUUGUCUACUGA